GUGUUUUUGUUUACUUUAUUAUCUCUGCUAGCCUUUUGGAUUGCAGAGAGGUAGCUGGAACCACAAUACAACAGAUUGCACAAUGCGUCCGAAGACCGUGGUCCAGUUUGAAGAUUAGGACGAUAAUGUUUCGGGACCCACAGGUGAUCACGAUGAUCCCCGUUCGCCGAGCCAAUUAUCUUUGGAGUGGGGAUGAGAGUGCUAUCACCACAAUACAGCAGAGUGCACAAUGCGUCCGAAGACUGCGACACAGCGGGUAGUGAUAGCAGUGAAGAUUCAGAACCCACAGAUGAUCACAAUUAUCUCCGUUCGCCGAACCAUUCACUUUAGGGAGGAAAGGAGCUGCGGCCACAAUACAGCAGAGUGCACAAUGCGUCCGAAGACUGCGACACAGCGGGUAGUGAUAGCAGUGAAGAUUCAGAACCCACAGAUGAUCACAAUUAUCUCCGUUCGCCGAACCAUUCACUUUAGGGAGGAAAGGAGCUGCGGCCACAAUACAGCAGAGUGCACAAUGCGUCCGAAGACUGCGACACAGCGGGUAGUGAUAGCAGUGAAGAUUCAGAACCCACAGAUGAUCACAAUUAUCUCCGUUCGCCGAACCAUUCACUUUAGGGAGGAAAGGAGCUGCGGCCACAAUACAGCAGAGUGCACAAUGCGUCCGAAGACUGCGACACAGCGGGUAGUGAUAGCAGUGAAGAUUCAGAACCCACAGAUGAUCACAAUUAUCUCCGUUCGCCGAACCAUUCACUUUAGGGAGGAAAGGAGCUGCGGCCACAAUACAGCAGAGUGCACAAUGCGUCCGAAGACUGCGACACAGCGGGUAGUGAUAGCAGUGAAGAUUCAGAACCCACAGAUGAUCACAAUUAUCUCCGUUCGCCGAACCAUUCACUUUAGGGAGGAAAGGAGCUGCGGCCACAAUACAGCAGAGUGCACAAUGCGUCCGAAGACUGCGACACAGCGGGUAGUGAUAGCAGUGAAGAUUCAGAACCCACAGAUGAUCACAAUUAUCUCCGUUCGCCGAACCAUUCACUUUAGGGAGGAAAGGAGCUGCGGCCACAAUACAGCAGAGUGCACAAUGCGUCCGAAGACUGUGAUGUAGUUGAGGUGUGGAGAGUGAGGAUUCAGGACCCACAGAUGGUCACAAUGACCCCCGUUCGCUGUAUCUUCACUUCGGAAGGGUUUUUGGUGAUCUUCUACUGCUUCCUGUCGUCUAGUGGUGUACAGGUGUUUAGUUGAUUCGUCUAGAGAGACACGACUGAAUCGAGUGACCUCCUAUCGAGGAAGCCGCUGCUUAUAUCCUCAGUAUUAAUACGUUAAAACUAGUAGGGAUAACGAUUUUUAUCCACCCGAGGUGUUAACGUCUCUUUUUGGAUUCAAUAUUUUGAUUUGUUAUUUGAUUUGAUUGUUUGAUUUGACUAUUUGGAUUAACGGUUUCUUCAAGUACCGGCUUACUGGUAUUUCUAUUGUAUUCGGCGCUUGCUGGCUUAUAGUGUCUGGGCACUUGUUUGUUUUGAUUUCAGUCUGUGGACUGUAUUUCGGAUUCUAGGAAUGUUAAAGGUAAUAAUUUCCAAUAUU